CUUGCUCUCUCAUCAGUGGUAAACAGUAGUCAUGGGUCAGGUACAUGCGCGCUUUGAACAACUAUAUGCCCAAAAAACCGGGCGCAGAGGAAACACAUGGUGGUUUCCUCGAUUCGGUCGUCAAGCUUUCGGCCUGAACUUCGACGUUCUUGAAGUCAUCUUUGAGUUCAUCACCGAUCCCCGUGACUUGGCAACUUGUGUCUCACCAACAAAUUGUUCUACGAGGCGGCAAGACCAUUCUUAUAUCGGGAGAUGAAGUUCUUUUGCACGCGCAAGGUCGCACCAUGCGCGCGCUGUAUCCUCUUAUAUCGUACUCUGCUCGCGGAUCCGCGCCUGGGACUGUAUGUGCACCAUCUCUCGAUAGAUGUCGACUCGUUCGACACUGAUCGGCCGGGCCAACUGCUUCGCCCUGCGUUAUGCCGCGUCUUUUAUCGAACACUUUGGCUCUUCCAUAACCUCAAGAAGAUCGAGCUCCUCAAGCUGAGCGCCCAAUCACCUGGUAUGAUUGACUCCCUCCCAAGUUGCUUCGACUGCAAGCACGUCGAUAUCGCACUAUCCAACUGGCAGCCCCUCAGCGAACAUUCCUGAAAGAUCAAUCUCAAGUCCAACGCUUGCGGUUGGUCGUCGUGGGAGAAGAGAUGUCCGAUGAGCAAUCCGUUACGACCACUUUCGACUGGCUUUCACACGAUCUGACCAACCUCCCGAAUUUCCAGAAGUUGGAAGGAACUUUAUCUGCGACAGGGUUGGUUAGAGGCCGGCCGGUGACGACGUUCAGAUACGCAUCGCUCCCCAUAUCCCGAAGAUUAGAGCAAGGAUUCGAGAUGCUCCCAUCAUCAUAUUGCACCUGGGUGUUAUAAAACUUGGCUUUGUCGACCGGUCCAUUGCAGCACCUGGGAAUCAAGAUGAGCAACCUUGAUAUCAAAGUUCUGGGAGAGAUCGUCGAAACCCUGCCUCAUCUCAACGCCGUGAUGAUCUAUCUUCCCGACGUGUAUUCCCUUGCGUCUCUUUCCUCCGCCACACUAACGAAACGCCUUCCCCACCGACCAAACACCUCCGGGCUGCAACAUCUACUCAUCUCAUGCCACGCCUGGGCCGUACAUCUAGACAGUUCCCAUUUCCUGCCUCUCGUGCACCACCUAGGUGCCGAC